CCGGCGGCGGGCGGCGGGCGCCAUUGUGGUGCGCCAGGCCCGGCCGAGGGGAGCGGGUUCGCUGCGCCUUCGCCCCUCGCGCCGCCAGCGCUCGCUCGCUCCCUCCCUCUCCCUCUCUCUCUCUCUCUUCCUCUCCCCUUCCUGUUCCUCUCCUUUCCCUCCCUUCCUCCCCCUCCCACCCCGCCGCGGAUAUGCCGCGCGUCUACAUAGGCCGCCUGAGUUACCAUGUCCGGGAGAAGGACAUCCAGCGCUUCUUCAGCGGCUACGGCCGCCUGCUCGAGGUCGACCUCAAAAACGGCUACGGCUUCGUGGAGUUCGAGGACUCCCGCGACGCCGACGAUGCCGUGUACGAGCUGAACGGGAAGGAUCUGUGUGGGGAGCGGGUGAUCGUGGAACACGCCCGCGGACCCCGCCGCGACAGGGACGGCUACAGCUACAGCAGCCGCAGUGGGGGUGGUGGCGGAUAUAGCAGUCGCAGACAAUCAGGACGAGAUAAAUAUGGACCACCCGUUCGUACAGAGUUCAGACUGAUUGUUGAAAAUCUUUCCAGUCGCUGUAGUUGGCAGGAUUUGAAAGAUUUCAUGAGGCAAGCUGGGGAGGUGACCUAUGCAGAUGCUCACAAAGAACGUACGAAUGAAGGAGUGAUUGAAUUCCGGUCAUACUCGGACAUGAAGCGUGCCCUGGAUAAACUGGAUGGCACAGAGAUAAACGGCAGGAAGAUCAGGCUCGUUGAAGACAAGCCACGCUCAAGCCAUAGGCGAUCCUACUCUGGCAGCAGGUCAAGGUCACGGUCCAGGAGACGAUCUAGAAGCAGAAGUCGGAGAAGUCGGAGCAGCCGCAGCAGGUCCCGUAGUGUCUCCAAAAGCCGUUCGCGAUCUAAAUCCAGGUCACGAAGCAAAGACCGCUCACGUUCCAGAUCCAAAAGCAGGAAGUCCAGAUCAAAGAGCAAAUCGAAACCCAAGUCUGACAGGGGUUCACGCUCUCACAGCAGAUCCAAGGAGAAGUCUGAGAAGUCUCGGUCCAGAUCGAGGUCCAGGUCUCGCUCUCCCAAAGAAAAUGGUAAAGGCGAUGCUAAGUCUAAGUCCAGGUCAAGGAGCAGGUCUCGUUCCAAUUCUCCGCAGCAGCAGCCAUCUGCCAAGGCUCGUUCUGAGUCACCACCCAAAAGAGCUGCGUCCAGGUCCCGCUCUAGGUCCCGUUCAAAGUCUCGCUCACGAACAAGAUCUAGUUCAAGGGAUUAGAACUAGAACUCUCAUCUUGCACACUAUUAUGGAACAUUUUCCUACCUGUCAGGCCAUUAGUGUUAUGUUAGUACUUCAGAGGCUGUUUUUUUCUCUUACAGGAUUGAAUGGCCUAAGAAUUAAGUCAUGAGGCAUAAAGGUUUAAUUUGUAUCCCAAAUUUGGCAAUAUGAGAUGGGAUGGUGGUACAAAGCAGGGAAAGUCCCCCUUUUGUAGAAAUUCAGCUGAAAGUUUGAUUUUAUAGCAAUUCUGCAGGAGUAACUUGAGUACUCUUAAAUGCAAAGUGGUUUUUAUAUUAAAAAUAAACUGAAUAUAAACAGGCUAAAAUCUGGGCUCUUUUGAAAGUAUCCUUUUUUUCUUUUUUUUUUUUUCAUUACAUUAGAGCUAUGGGUUUCAUUAGCUUCAUAGGUUUCAGAGUGCUGCCAAAGGCAGGAUUGCCUUGCUGGGCAGGUCACACAGUUCUCUGGUUUAUCAUAAUUUUGGAAACAGACCGCAAAUUAUAUAAACCAGUAACAGUAGUAGGAAGAUUUUAGACCAGCAAUAAACUCAAGUUGGAGGAUUUAUGUUGUACCUUAACUUGCCAAAAGAACAUUCCCCCCAUACUGUGACUGUAUUAAAAGUAAUAAGGGUACUCUGGAACCUGUAUCCUACAGUAUUGCUGAAAACCCCUUCAUUUCAGACUUGAAAGAAUUAAAGCUUUCUGGUGUUUUUUGCUUGAAUAUCAAGUGUCAUUGUUGUCAUACACAGAGGUGUUUCUUGGCUGUGGUCCAAGUCACUAGUGUGUUGUAUGGUUUGUCAGCCUCUAAAUCUCUAUUGGAUAUGAAACCCAAGUAAAGAAAUCUGUCUUCCCACCCCUUUGACUCACUGACAUUAACGUUUUGCUUCAGACUAGAACUAUAAUCCUCUUGUGUGUAGGUCUGAACUUUAUUGGAAAUGUAAUCUCUUGGAGCUAGAGUUCUAGUUUUAACAAAAGCUUUGCUAAACCACAGUUGCCAAUUCACUUAAAUUGUGGAAUAGGACUGAUCCCAAAAAUUCCCCUUUAUAGCUACAAUGAUUUUUGUAAGAUGCAGUAGCAAACAUUAGAACUGCCUUGUACUCUUUAUACAACGUGUAGUUUGACUUGUAUAAAAUUAAAUUGGUGACUCAAA